AUGAGCACCAAAGCUAGCACUCUCAACCUCACCUCUGGCUACUCCUCCUACUCCGGCACGGCUGCUGCCACCGGAAACUUGUUUUCCCUUGGCCUCUUCCUCUUGCAACAUAUCCAAAUCCCUGAUAUCAUCAUUGCAGCCAUGGUUUUCAUAACCAUCCAUUCUUUGAGGUCAAAGAAGCAUCACGGCCUACCUAUUUGGCCUGUCCUUGGAAUGUUACCUUCUUUGGUCACAGCACUCAAAACUGACAAUAUGUAUGAAUGGAUCACAGAUAUACUCAACCAUCAAAAUGGGACAUUUAGAUUCAAAGGGCCUUGGUUCACAAGCCUUAAUGGCAUCAUCACCUCUGAUCCUCGCAACAUGGAGCAUCUUCUCAAAACAAAGUUCCAUGUUUUCCCUAAAGGAAAGUUCUUCAGGGACACAGUUUGUGACCUACUUGGAGAUGGUAUAUUCAGUGCAGAUGAUGAGACAUGGCAAAGACAAAGGAAAACAGCAAGCAUUGAAUUUCACUCCACAAAGUUCAGGAAACUAACAACUGAGUCACUCUUUGAGCUUGUCCAUAACAGGCUAAUACCUGUCUUAGAGGAAUCUGUUAAGAAAUCUCUUACCAUAGAUCUUCAAGAUAUCUUGUUAAGGCUCACUUUUGAUAAUGUAUGCAUGAUAGCCUUUGGUGUUGAUCCUGGUUGUUCACAACCUCAUUUGCCUGAAAUACCAUUUGCCACAGCCUUUGAGGAUGCAACAGAAGCCACUGUGCAUCGAUUUGUCACACCUGAGUUUAUGUGGAAGGCCAUGAGGUUUCUCAACUUGGGCAUGGAGAGAAAGCUGAAGGAAUCAAUAGAAAAAGUUGAUGAAUUUGCUGAGAAUGUUAUUAGGACUAGAAAGAAGGAGCUCUCUUUGCAAAGUGAAGACAAGAACACAAAAUCAGACUUGUUAACAGUGUUUAUGAGACUCAAGGAUGAGAAUGGACAACCAUAUUCAGAUAAGUUCUUGAGGGAUAUAUGUGUGAAUUUCAUAUUAGCAGGGAGGGACACUUCUUCAGUUGCUUUGAGCUGGUUUUUCUGGUUGCUUGAUCAAAAUCCUGUAGUGGAGGAGAGAAUACUAGAAGAGAUUUGCAGGGUGGUGAGUCAGAGGGAGGAAAUCAACAAGGAACUAUUUGAUAAUUCUUUGACCUUUAGGCCUGAGGAGAUAAAGAAGAUGGAUUAUUUGCAUGCUGCUCUUUCAGAAGCUCUGAGGUUAUAUCCUUCUGUUCCUGUUGAUCACAAGGAGGUAGUGGAAGAUGACACAUUCCCAGAUGGAACUCUACUAAAGAAGGGGACGAAAGUGAUGUAUGCAAUUUAUGCAAUGGGAAGAAUGGAAAAUAUAUGGGGCAAGAACUGUAGAGAAUUCAUGCCAGAAAGAUGGUUAAGAGAUGGUCACUUCAUUAGUGAAUCUGCUUACAAAUUCACUGCUUUCAAUGGAGGACCUCGUUUGUGUUUAGGCAAAGAUUUUGCAUACUAUCAGAUGAAAUAUGCUGCAGCCAGCAUCAUAUACCGCUACCAUGUGAAAGUGGUAGAGAAUCACCCUGUUGUGCCAAAGCUUGCUUUAACUCUCUACAUGAAACAUGGAUUGAAAGUUAACCUUCACAAGCGUCAUGCAGCAAAAAUUCAAAAAUACUUUAAUGAUGGAUACCAUGCUUUAAAGUGA